AUACAAACAUGCCACCUUUCUUGUUUAUAUAAAUCAAGAACCCACACCCAUUUUCAUAUCUCAUUCUCACUCUUCUCUAUUGAACCAUGGCUUCAGUUGACUCACUCCCAGAGAAAACUCCAUAUCAGAUGGCUAUAGAUGGUGAUCAACCAUCUUCCAAAUACAUGAUCAACAACAACUACACCAAAUUUGGUUCUUUAGAAAUCUCACCUCCUUUUGCUCCGGUGCCCAUCAUUGACAUUGGUUGUUUUGUUUCAUCUUCUAAACAAGAUGAUCAACAAGCUGAGCUAGAUAAACUCAGAUCAGCACUCACCACUUGGGGUUGUUUUCAGGCUGUAAAUCACGGGCUUUCAGAGUCAUUUCUAGACAUCGUUCAACAAGUGAGCAAACAGUUCUUGGAGCUACCCUUGGAGGAAAAGAAAAAAUACUACAGAGAAGCUGGUUCUUCUGAAGGCUAUGGAAACGACGUGACAGUCUCUGAGAGUCAAGUUCAAGAUUGGUGUGAUCGCCUUUUUCUUCUACUUCUCCCCAAAGAUCAAAGAAAACUCCAGUUCUGGCCCGAAAACCCAUCGAAUUUCAGGGAAACCAUCGAUGACUAUACCAUGAAGAUCAAAUCUAUAUCUGUGAUCAUAUUCGAGGCAAUGGCAAAAUCUUUAGAUUUGGAAGAAAAUUGUUUUUCGAAACAAUUUACUGAAGAACAUGAAGUUAUGUCAGCGAGGUUUCUUUUGUACCCACCAUGUCCAACCCCAGAUCAAGUGCUUGGUCUGAAAGCCCAUUCGGAUAAAUCUGGGAUUACUUUUUUAUUACAAGAUCCUGAAGUCGAAGGGCUUCAAGUGUAAGAUGGUAAAUGGUACAUGGUUCCUGUGAUACGCGAUGCCCUUUUCAUUAAUCUUGGAGAUCAAAUGCAGAUCUUGAGUAAUGGGAAUUUCAAGAGUCCGCUUCACAGGGUUGUGACAAACAAGGGGAAGGGGAGAAUAUCCGUGGCUAUGUUUAUAGAACCCGACCCUAACAAAGAGAUUGGCCCGGUGGAUGUUUUGGUUGACGAGAAGACGCCGAGGAUGUACAAGACCGUUAAAAACUAUGCCGUCUUUAAUUAUGAAAGCUUUCAGAAAGGCAUUAAUGUUCCUCUUGAUGAUGUUAAAGUCUAAACAAGCUUCUUGUAGUCUGCAGAAUCUAAUGGACUAUUUUUAGAAUCGGAGAGUAAUAAGAAAUAAUAUGCCAAAAUACAUGUGCCAACAUAAUUUACAUUGCAAC